AUGGAAGAUCCAAAGACAGAGAGUCAAGGUAUCCCCGAAAAAAUCGAAGAAUUAGACAGGCAGCCGGCCAAAGAUGUCCUUCCACCGUCACCGCCGCCCACAAUCGGUAGCAUAUCCGAUGUGGACGACGACAAGUUAGAAGUACCACUUCCACCGCCGACGACAGCUCCCACCCAAGUGCUAGACGUCGACCUAAAGACACCGGACAGUCACGUACCGCGCGAUCCCAGACUGAUCCGACUAACUGGCGUUCAUCCAUUCAAUGUCGAGGCACCCCUGACAGAACUCUUCAAUGAAGGUUUCCUGACGAGUCCCGAGUUGUUUUAUGUCAGAAACCAUGGCGCUGUGCCUCAGGUUAGGGAUGAAGACAUCAUCGAUUGGCAAUUUACCGUGGAAGGUCUAGUGGACGAGCCGAUGACAAUAUCGCUGAGGCAGUUGAUGACCGAAUAUGAGCAAGUCACCUAUCCAAUCACCUUGGUGUGCGCCGGGAACCGGAGGAAAGAGCAGAACAUGGUCCGCAAAAGCAAGGGAUUCUCGUGGGGCGCCGCUGGGCUCUCGACGGCGCUCUUUACCGGCGUCGUCAUGUCCGAGGUCCUUAGAAGAGCCAAGCCCAAGAGGAAGGCCAAGUAUGUCUGCAUGGAAGGUGCUGACAAGCUGCCCAACGGAUUCUACGGGACUUCUGUCAAGUUGAACUGGGCCAUGGACCCCAAUCGCGGGUUCAUGCUCGCCUACAAAAUGAACGGCGAGACACUCCGACCGGACCACGGCAAGCCCCUGCGUGCUGUGAUUCCUGGCCAGAUCGGGGGUCGAUCCGUCAAAUGGCUGAAGAAGUUGAUCGUCACAGAUGCACCCAGCGACAACUGGUACCACAUCUAUGACAACCGGGUCCUCCCAACCAUGGUCUCCCCAGAAGAGUCGGCAAGCGACCCCAAAUGGUGGACGGAUGAUCGAUAUGCCAUCUACGACCUCAGCCCCAACUCCGCCAUCUGCUACCCCCAGCACGAGGAGCAGCUGUGCCUGAACGGAGCCCCGCGCACCUAUCGAGCUAGAGGAUAUGCCUACAGUGGAGGUGGGCGGCGCAUUACAAGGGUCGAGAUCUCACUGGACAAAGGCAAAACGUGGCGGCUCGCAGAAAUUGACUACGUGGAAGAUCGAUACCGGCAAGUGGAGAAAGAUCUGUUUGGCGGCCGGCUUGAUAUGUCGUGGCGUGAAACAUGCUUCUGCUGGUGCUUCUGGUCGAUCCAUCUGCUCACGGACGAGCUCGCCCAAGCCAAAGACAUGUUUGUACGGGCAAUGGACGAGAGCAUGAAUGUUCAACCGCGCGAUAUGUACUGGUCUGUUCUUGGUAUGAUGAAUAACCCCUGGUUCCGUGUGACAAUCACACUAGAAGGCGACUACCUUCGGUUCGAACACCCAACCCAGCCAGCACUCAUUCCUGGCGGCUGGAUGGAGAGGGUUAAAAAGGCCGGUGGCAACCUGGCUAAUGGCUUUUGGGGAGAGAAACUCGAGGGCGAAGAACCAGUGAUCCCGGCUGAGGAACAGGCCAAGGAGAUUUCCAUGGUCAAGGAAGGCUUGAAAAACCCUAUCACGAUCGACGAGCUGCGGAAACACGAUACCGAGCAGCAGCCCUGGUUCGUGGUCAAGGGCGAAGUAUACGACGGUACAGCAUUCCUGAAGGAGCAUCCUGGCGGUGCGCAAAGCAUCAUCUCUGCAGCGGGACUGGAUAGCACCGAGGAAUUCCUGGCAAUCCACAGUGAGACGGCCAAGGCGAUGAUGCCCCAGUACCACAUUGGGUCUCUUGACGAGGCAGCCAAAACUACUCUGGCAGCGGGCGAGACGGAGAUCGACCAGUCUGGCAAACCCCCCGAGACCUUCCUCAAUUCCAAAGCGUGGAAAAAAGCCAUCCUCCACGGCAAGCGGAUCGUGUCCUGGGACACGCGCAUCUUCACCUACAAGCUGGAACAUCCAGAGCAACGCCUGGGCUUACCCGUCGGACAGCAUUUGAUGGUGAGGCUAAGGGACCCUGUUACCCGCGAGGCCAUCAUCCGCAGUUACACGCCCAUCUCGGAGAUCAAUGAUCAGGGCUUCAUGGAGAUGCUUGUCAAAGUGUACUUCGCCAGCGGGGGCAGCAAGGGAGGCAAGAUGUCGCAGGCGAUGGAUGCACUGCCCAUCGGGCAUUUUAUCGAGAUGAAGGGACCGAUCGGCAAGUUCGAAUACGUCGGCAACGGCAAGUGUCUCGUCUCCGGCAAGGAGAGAGUCGUCAGUUCGUUCAUCAUGAUCUGUGGCGGAAGUGGAAUCACACCCAUCUAUCAAGUAUUCCGGGCCGUCGUCCGAGAUCCCAACGACAAGACGCAGUGCAUCAUAUUCGAUGGGAACCGGUUGUUCGAGGACAUCUUGUGCAGAGAAGAGCUCGAGACACUGCUGGCCGGCAACGAGCACAGAUGCAGAGUACUCCACACCCUCACCCAGGCGCCCGAAGACUGGACCGGUCUCCGAGGGCGCGUCACGGGCCAAUUGGUCCAAGAACACUCUACAAGAACGGACGAUACGCUGAUACUCAUUUGCGGUCCCGAGGCGAUGGAGAAGACCAUGCAUAAAGUGCUGCUGGAGCAAGGGUGGAGCGAUGAUCAACUCAUGUUCUUUUGA